AUAUUGACCCAAUUCUUUAUGAGGGUUUAUCUUGAUCUCAACUUUGCAUUACUUCACCAUGGUUCUUCUGACUAAUACGUAACUCUCUUCUUGAUCUCUCUAUUAUAUAGCCCACUUUCUCAUCCUUCUUUCCCGCAAAAAAUGUUGUCUCUUACUCCACAGUCUCUCUUUCUCUCACCACUAUUACUUUUUUCCAUCUUCUUCUUAAUCUUUAACCUACGAAAAUGGCGGAGCAGCUCACGGUCACAGUCACUGAAACCACCGUCACCACCAGGCCUCCCAAUAAUCGGUCACCUCCACCUCCUCACCGACAUGCCCCACCACUCCUUGGCCCAACUCGCCCAAAAACUCGGCCCCAUAAUCCACCUCCAACUCGGCCGAGUCCCCACCAUCGUUGUCUCCUCAGCUCACCUCGCUAAACUCGUCCUCAAAACCCACGACCACGUUUUCGCAAGCAGACCAAACCUUCUCUCGGCUCAGUACCUCUCCUUCAACUGCUCAGACGUCACUUUCUCACCCUACGGUCCUUACUGGCGCCAAGCCAGGAAGAUCUGCGUCACCGAGUUGCUCAGCUCCAAACGGGUCAACUCGUUCCAACUCGUCAGGGACGAGGAGGUGAAUCGGUUGCUGGGCUCCGUGUCAGCUCAGUCCGGGUCGGAACUCGACCUGGGUAAGAUGUUUUUCACUCUGGCAAACGAUGUGCUGUGUCGCGUGGCGUUUGGGAAGAGGUUUAAGGAGGAGAGUGGGGAGGACGAAGGGCAGAAGCGUCAUUUGGUUGGGGUUUUGACCGAGACACAGGCCUUGUUUGCUGGGUUUUGUUUGGGUGACUUUUUCCCGGGUUGGGACUGGGUUGACUCACUGAGUGGGUACACGAAAAGGUUGAGCAAGAACUUGGAGGAUUUGCGAGCUGUUUGUGAAGAAAUUAUAGAACAACAUGUGAAGGAACAAGGUGUGGGCAAUGGUAAAGAGGAUUUUGUUGAUGUUUUGCUUCGAGUACAACAACGUGAGGACUUGGAAGUGCCCAUUACAGAUGAUAAUCUCAAAGCUCUUGUCCUGGACAUGUUUGUUGCCGGUACUGAUACAUCAUCAGCAACACUAGAAUGGACAAUGACAGAACUAGCUCGACAUCCCAUGGUAAUGAAAAAAGCGCAGGAUGAAGUUCGGAAUGUAGCAUCCAGCCUAGGAAAAGUUGUAGAAAGCCAUCUUCAACACCUUCAUUAUCUGAAAGCUGUGAUAAAAGAGACAAUGCGAUUGCACCCACCAGUCCCUCUCCUGGUUCCCCGAGAAUCCAUGGUGAAAUGCAAUCUGGAUGGGUAUGAAAUACCUGCAAAAACUAGGGUUCUAAUCAACACCUACGCAAUUGGAAGGGAUCCAACGUCAUGGGAAAAUCCUUUGGAAUACAAUCCUGAGAGGUUCAUGGACAAAAACAUUGAGGUUAAGGAUCAAGAUUUCAGGUUUCUACCAUUUGGUGGAGGCAGGAGAGGCUGUCCGGGUUAUUCUUUUGGAUUAGCCACUGUGGAGAUUGCAUUGGCUCGCCUCUUGUAUCAUUUUGAUUGGGCAUUACCUCAGGGGGUUGGUCCAGAUGAUAUGGACCUUGGUGAGAUUUUUGGGCUUGCCACAAGAAAAAAGACUGCCAUUGUUCUUGUCCCCACAGCCAAUAAGCAGUAUGAGUUCAAGGGCUAAUGAUACUUCGCAGUAUAUUACUGUACUCCCAAGAAUGUCUAUUUUGUAAUUUUCUUGUGGUUCCUAGACUCA